AGUGCCAGAAGUAGCUGUAGGUUCCGCAACCUAGGCGGGCUCAGCGCGUGGACCUAGGGGCGCGGCCCGGGGCGCCGCCCACAUCCCGGGGCUGCCCAGGAGCGCGGGGAGUGGCAGCCGCCUGCUCCGCAGUGCCACGCCACGCACAGGCAGGAGACCCAGCGCCACGGGAUGGCGGUGGCUCCAGGGUGGGCACCGCGAUCCUCACCGCCGCUGCCCACGCUAUUGCUGCUGCUGCUGCUGCUGAGGAUGUCGCCCUGCUGGUGCAUGGUGGCUCAGGACCCUCCGGCGGCCGCGCUCAGCCUGCACCCGCCUUACUUCAACCUGGCCCAGGCAGCAAGGAUCUGGGCCACCGCUACCUGCGGAGAGCGGGGUCCGGAGGUCGCAAGGCCCCGGCCAGAGCUUUACUGCAAACUGGUGGGCGGCCCCACCGCACAGGGCAGCGGCCACACCAUCCAGGGCCAGUUCUGUGACUACUGUAAUUCUGAGGAUUCCAGGAAGGCACAUCCGGCCACCCAUGCGAUUGAUGGAUCUGAACGUUGGUGGCAAAGUCCCCCUCUCUCUUCAGGAAUACAAUACAAUGAAGUCAACCUCACCUUGGAUCUGGGUCAGCUUUUCCAUGUGGCCUAUGUUUUAAUCAAAUUUGCAAAUUCUCCACGCCCUGAUCUUUGGGUCUUGGAAAGAUCUGUAGACUUUGGAAGCACCUACUCACCAUGGCAGUAUUUUGCUCACUCUAGAAGAGAUUGUUUAGAACAGUUUGGGCAAGAAGCAAACAUGGCCAUCACCCGAGAUGACCAGGUGCUCUGUGUCACAGAGUAUUCCCGCAUCGUGCCUCUGGAAAAUGGCGAGGUGGUUGUAUCUUUGAUAAAUGGUCGUCCAGGUGCGAAAAAUUUCGCUUUCUCUGACACCCUGAGGGAGUUUACUAAAGCAACAAACAUUCGCUUGCGAUUUCUCCGAACCAAUACCCUCCUUGGGCAUCUUAUCUCCAAAGCAGAGCGAGACCCCACUGUCACCCGGCGGUACUAUUACAGCAUAAAGGACAUCAGCAUCGGCGGGCGGUGUGUUUGCAAUGGCCAUGCGGAUGAAUGUACGGCUGACAACCCUGAGAAGCAGUUCCGGUGCGAAUGCCAACACCACACCUGUGGGGAGACGUGUAAUCGCUGCUGUACGGGCUACAAUCAGAGGCGCUGGCAGCCUGCUGCUCGGGGGCAGCACAGUGAGUGUGAAGCCUGCAACUGCCAUGGGCAUGCCACGGACUGUUACUACGACCCGGAUGUGGAACAGCAGCGGGCGAGCUUGAACACCAAAGGCACCUAUGCAGGGGGAGGAGUCUGCAUCGACUGUCAGCACAACACGGCAGGCGUGAACUGUGAGAAGUGUGCAAAGGGUUACUACCGGCCCCAUGGCGUGCCCGUGGAUGCGCUCCAUGGAUGCAUCCCUUGCAGCUGUGACCCUGAACGUGCAGAUGACUGUGAACAGGGGUCAGGUCGCUGUCACUGUAAGCCAAAUUUCCACGGGGACAACUGUGAGAUGUGUGCAGAUGGGUACUAUGAUUUUCCAUUUUGCUUGAGAAUUCCAGUCUCUUCCGUUUACACUCUGAGUCCAGAAGACCCGGUAGCUGGCAAUAUAAAAGGGUGUGACUGCAACUUGGAAGGUGUUCUUCCAGAAAUAUGUGACGACCAUGGCAGAUGCCUGUGCCGCCCUGGGGUUGAGGGUCCCCGGUGUGCCUCCUGCCGCUCAGGCUCCUAUUCGUUCCCUAUAUGCCAAGCUUGCCAGUGCUCGACUGUUGGAUCCUAUCCAGUACCCUGUGACCCGGUGACUGGCCAGUGUGAGUGCCUGCCUGGAGUGACAGGAAGGCAGUGUGACAGGUGUCUCUCAGGAGCCUACGACUUCCCCUCCUGCCGAGGAUCCAGCAGUAUUUGUGACCCAGCUGGGACCGUUGACUCCAGCUUGGGUUAUUGCCAGUGCAAGCUCCAUGUCACAAGUCCUACGUGUAGUGUCUGCAAACCUUUAUAUUGGAAUCUGGCCAAAGAAAACCCCAGUGGAUGCUCAGAAUGCCAGUGCCAUGAGGCAGGGACAGUGAGUGGAAUUGGAGAGUGUGGGCAGGGAGAUGGUGACUGCAGCUGCAAAGCUCACGUGACUGGUGAUGCCUGUGACACCUGCCAAGAUGGAUACUUUGCUUUGGAGAAGAGCAAUUACUUUGGCUGUCAAGGGUGUCAGUGUGACAUUGGUGGAUCACUCACCACCAUGUGUAGUGGGCCCUCAGGAGAAUGCCAGUGCCGAGAGCAUGUUGUGGGAAAAGAGUGCCAGAGGCCCGAAAAUAACUACUAUUUCCCGGAUUUGCACCACAUGAAGCAUGAGGUUGAAGAUGGCGCUGGACCUAAUGGAAGAGACUUGCGGUUUGGAUUUGAUCCCAUGGUGUUCCCUGAGUUUAGCUGGAGAGGAUAUGCCCUAAUGAGCUCGGUACAGAAUGAAGUGAGGAUGAGAUUGACUGUGGGGAAGUCAAAUCUCUCCUUGUUCCACAUUAUUCUGAGAUACGUCAACCCUGGAACUGAAGAAGUAUCCGGCCGCAUCACUGUUUAUCCGUCCUGGGCACAGUCAGAUGCUUCUCAAAGCAAAGAGAUUACCUUUCCCCCGAGUAAGGAGCCAGCCUUUGUCACCGUCCCUGGAAAGGGCUUUGCAGACCCAUUCUCCAUCACACCCGGGACAUGGAUCACUUGCAUCCAGGUGGAAGGAGUCCUCCUGGACUACCUGGUGCUGCUUCCCCGGGACUACUAUGAAGCACUCGCCCUGCAAGUGCCAGUCACAGAACCGUGUGCACGCACAGGAGCUCCCCAGGACAACUGUCUGCUUUACCAGCAUUUACCAGUGACCCGGUUCUCCUGUACCCUGGCUUGUGAGGCCAGACACUUCCUGCUUGAUGGGGAGCUGAGACCCGCGGCGGUGAGGCGGCCCACCCCCGCACACCCAGCCAUGGUGGACCUCAGUGGGAGAGAGGUGGAACUGCACCUGCGCCUGCGGGUCCCACAGAUUGGCCACUAUGUGAUCAUGCUGGAGUAUGCCACGGAGGUGGACCGGCUUUUUGUGGUGGACGUGAACCUGAAGAGCCCAGGGUCUGCCUUGGCGGGCCAGGUGAACAUAUACAGCUGCAAGUACAGCAUUCUGUGCAGGAGCGUGGUGAUUGACAGCCUGAGUCGUACGGCUGUGUACGAGCUGUUAGCAGAUGCAGACAUUGAGCUCAAGGUGCACAUGGCCAAGUUCCUUCUGUAUCAUGUUUGUGUCAUACCCACUGAAGAAUUCUCAACUGAAUAUUUGAGGCCUCAAGUCCACUGUAUUGCCAGCUACAGGCCGCGUGCUAAUCCAAGUGUCACCUGUGUCUCCCUGGCCCAUGAAACUCCUCCAACAGCCUUAGUUUUGGAUGCUCGGAAUAGGGGCCCUCUCCCUCUCCUGCCUCAGGAGCCUUCCCCUCCUGCGGAUGUCACUGACGGAGUUACCCUGAAGGCACCACAGAAUCAAGUAACCCUGAGAGGACUCGUACCACACCUGGGCCGACACGUCUUUGUCAUCCAUUUCUAUCAAGCAGAACACCCGACAUUUCCCACAGAGGUGUUUGUGGAUGGAGGAAGACGGUGGUCAGGCUCCUUCCUGGCCUCCUUUUGCCCUCAUUUACUUGGCUGCCGGGACCAAGUGCUCUCCCAUGGCCAGGUGGAGUUUGACAUCUCAGAAGCGGAGGUAGCUGUGACUGUGACGGUUCCGGAAGGAAAGUCCCUAAAGCUGGUCCGGGUUCUAGUGGUACCCGCAGAGAAUUAUGACUACCAAAUACUUCACAAAACAUCAGUGGACAAGUCCUUUGAGUUUAUCAGCAAUUGUGGAGGAGACAGUUUUUAUAUUGAUCCUCAGGCAGCCUCUGGAUUCUGUAAGAAUUCUGCGAGGUCCCUGGUAGCCUUUUACCAUAACGGUGCCCUGCCUUGUGAGUGCCACCCAGCUGGGGCUACCAGCCAUCACUGCAGUCCUGAGGGCGGGCAGUGCCCUUGCCGGCCCAACAUCAUCGGAAGGCAGUGCACCCGCUGUGCAGCAGGUCACUAUGGAUUCCCACACUGCAAGCCUUGCAAAUGUGGCAGACGCCUUUGUGAAGAGGUGACAGGGAAGUGUCUCUGCCCACCCCGCACAGUCAGGCCUCAGUGUGAGGUCUGUGAGGUGAAUUCCUUCAACUUCCACCCCCUGGCUGGCUGCGAAGUCUGCAACUGCUCCAGGAAGGGUACCAUGGAGGCGGCCACCUCAGAGUGUGACAGGGACAGCGGGCAGUGCAGGUGUAAGCCAAGAAUCACAGGGCAGCGGUGCGACAGAUGUGCUCCCGGCUUCCACCAGUUCCCUGAGUGUGUUCCUUGCAGUUGUAACAGAGAUGGGACUGAGCCCCAAGUGUGUGACCCAGGGACUGGGGCUUGCAUGUGCAAGGAAAACGUGGAAGGCCCAGAAUGCCACGUGUGCCGCCGAGGAUCCUUCUACUUACACCCUGCCAAUCCAAAGGGCUGCACCACGUGCUUCUGUUCUGGAGUGAAUACUGACUGUCAAAGUUCACAUAAGCAAAGAGCUAAGUUUGUAGACAUGAUGGGCUGGCGUCUGGAGACAGAGGAUGGAGUUGCUAUCCCUGUGUCCUUCAACCCGGGCAGCAACAGUGUGGUUGCAGAUCUGCAGGAGCUGCCAUCAUCAGUCCGCAGUGCAUCCUGGGCGUCACCUCCAUCCUAUCUAGGUGACAAGGUUUCCUCGUAUGGCGGCUACCUCACCUACCAAGCCAAGUCCUUCGGCUUACCUGGCGACAUGGUUCUUCUGGAAAAGCAGCCAGAUGUGCAGCUCACUGGUCAGCACAUGUCCAUCAUCCACCAGGAAUCCAGUGACCCACGGCCAGACAGGCUGCAUCACGGGAGAAUACAAAUGGUUGAGGGAAACUUCAGACACGAGGGCAGCGGUGCCCCAGUGUCCCGGGAAGAGCUGAUGACCGUGCUGUCCCAACUGGAAGGGCUGUACAUCCGGGGCCUCCACUUCACUGAGACACAGCGGCUCACCCUGGGCGAGGUAGGGCUGGAGGAGGCCUCUGACACAGGAAGCGGACCCAGAGCUCAUCUUGUGGAGAUGUGUGCCUGUCCCCCUGACUACACAGGUGACUCAUGUCAGGCUUGUCGCCCUGGAUACUAUCGGGACAACAAGAGCCUACCCGCGGGAAGGUGUGUUCCCUGCAAUUGCAACGGACAUUCAAACCGCUGCCAGGAUGGCUCAGGGAUGUGCAUUAACUGUCAGCACAGCACAGCUGGGGACCACUGUGAGCACUGCAAGGAAGGUUACUAUGGAAACGCCAUCCAGGGAUCCUGUAGGGUCUGUCCCUGCCCUCAUACCAACAGUUUUGCUACUGGCUGUACUGUGGAUGGAGGAAAUGUGAGGUGUGCCUGCAAACCCGGAUACACAGGAGCACAGUGUGAGAGGUGUGCGCCAGGGUAUUUUGGGAAUCCCCAGAAGUUUGGAGGUAGCUGCCAACCCUGCACCUGUAACAGCAAUGGCCAGUUAGGCACUUGCGACCCCCUGACUGGAGACUGUGUAAGCCAAGAACCCAAAGACGGCAGCCCUGCAGAAGAAUGCGAUGACUGUGACAGCUGUGUGAUGACACUCUUGAAUGACUUGGCCACCAUGGGUGAGGAACUCCGCCUAGUGAAGUCAAAGCUGCAGGGCCUGAGUGUGAGCGCUGGUGUUCUAGAACAGAUCCGGCACGUGGAGACGCAGGCCAAGGACCUGAGGAACCAGCUGCUGGGCUUCCGUUCUGCCAUCUCAAGCCACGGGUCCAAACUGGACGGCCUGGAAAAAGAACUGGGCCAUCUGAACCGUGAAUUUGAGACUGUCCAGGAAAAGGCACAAGUCAAUUCCAGAAAAGCACAAACAUUAUACAACAACAUUGAUCGGACAACCCAAAGCGCCAAAGAAUUGGACACGAAGAUUAAAAACGUCAUCCAGAAUGUGCACAUUCUCCUGAAGCAGAUCGCCAGGCCAGGCGGAGAAGGAGCGGACAUGCUGGUGGGCGACCGGUCCAGGGAGCUGGCAGAAGCCCAGCGCAUGAUGUGGGAGCUUCGAGGCCGAGACUUCAGAAAGCACCUCAGAGAAGCCGAGGCCGAGAAAACAGAAGCCCAGCGCCUGCUGAACCGGCUCAGGACCUGGCUGGAAACCCACCAGGUGGAGAACAAUGGACUGCUAAGGAAUAUUCGGGAUUCGCUAAAUGAUUAUGAAGCCAAACUUCAGGACCUGCGUGCUGUUCUCCAGGAGGCCGCUGCCCAGGCAAAGCAAGCCACUGGCCUCAACCGUGAAAAUGAGGGGGUUCUAGGAGCCAUCCAGAGACAAAUGAAAGAAAUGAAUUCCCUGAAGAAUGAUUUCACCAAGUACCUGGCCACGGCAGACUCUUCCCUGCUCCAGACCAACAAUCUCCUGCAGCAGAUGGACAAAAGCCAGAAGGAAUAUGAAAGCUUAGCUGUGGCUUUAAAUGGAGCAAGACAGGAGCUAAGCAGCAAAGUGCAAGAGCUCUCCAGAUCUGCCAGCAAAACAUCCCUGGUAGUGGAGGCCGAGAAGCAUGCGCAGUCUUUACAGGAUCUGGCAAAGCAGCUGGAAGAGAUAAAGAGAAACACCAGCGGGGAUGAGCUGGUACGCUGUGCUGUGGAUGCGGCCACCGCCUACGAGAACAUCCUCAAUGCCAUCAGAGCAGCGGAGGAUGCAGCCAACAAGGCUGCCAGCGCCUCGGAGUCUGCCCUCCAAACACUGACAAAGGAAGAUCUUCCCAGAAGAGCUAAGACCCUGAGUUCCGACAGCGACGAGCUGUUAAACGAAUCCAAGAUAACGCAGAAGAAGCUACAGCAAGAAGUCAGCCCAGCUCUCCACAGCCUACAGCAAACCCUGAACACUGUGUCGGUUCAGAAGGGCCUGCUAGAUGCCAACCUCACGGCCGUCCGUGAUGGUCUUCGUGGGUUACAGAGAGGUGAUGUUGACAGUAUGAUCAACGGUGCGAAGAACAUGGUCAGGAAGGCCAAUGGUAUAACAAGCGAGCUUCUGGACGGGCUCAACCCCAUCCAGACAGAUUUGGGAAGAAUUAAGGACAGCUAUGGGAGCACACGGCGUGAGGACUUCAACAAGGCUCUGACCGAUGCCAAUAACUCAGUAAAGAAAUUAACCAAGAAGUUGCCUGAUCUUUUUAUCAAGAUUGAAAGUAUCAACCAGCAAUUGCUGCCCCUGGGAAACAUCUCUGACAAUGUGGACCGAAUCCGAGAACUCAUUCAGCAGGCCAGAGAUGCUGCCAAUAAGGUCGCAGUCCCCAUGAGGUUCAACGGGAAAUCCGGCGUCGAGGUCCGGCUCCCAAAUGACCUGGAAGACUUAAAGGGGUACACGUCUCUGUCUCUGUUUCUCCAAAGACCCGACCUGCGCGAGAACGGGGGCACCGAGGAUAUGUUCGUGAUGUACCUCGGGAAUAAGGAUGCCUCCAAGGACUACAUUGGCAUGGCGGUUGUAGAUGGUCAGCUGACGUGUGUCUACAAUCUCGGGGAUCGGGAAGCUGAAGUCCAGGUAGACCAGGUGCUGACUGAGAGUGAGAACCAGGAGGCAGUUAUGGACCGAGUGAAGUUCCAGAGAAUAUAUCAGCUUGCAAAACUUAAUUACACCAAAGAAGCCACAUCCAAUAAACCCAAAGCUCCUGAGGUCUAUGACAUGGAGGGCGACAGUAGCAACACCCUCCUGAAUUUGGAUCCAGAAACUGCUGUGUUUUACGUCGGAGGUUACCCACCCGAUUUUCAACUGCCUAGCAGACUGAGGUUCCCUCCAUACAAAGGCUGUAUCGAACUGGAUGACCUCAAUGAAAAUGUUCUGAGCUUGUACAACUUCAAGACAACUUUCAAUCUCAACACAACUGAAGUGGAGCCUUGUAGGAGGCGAAAGGAAGAGUCGGACAGAAACUACUUUGAGGGUACAGGCUAUGCCCGCAUUCCCACUCAAGCCAGCGCCCCCUUCCCAAACUUCAUCCAGACUAUCCAGACCACCGUGGACAGAGGUUUACUGUUCUUUGCCGAAAACCAGGAUAACUUCAUAUCCCUGGACAUAGAAGAUGGCAAUCUCAUGGUGAGAUACAAGCUGAAUUCGGAGCUGCCCAAAGAGAAAGGAAUCCAAGACACCGUCAACAACGGGCGAGAUCACACGAUUUCGAUUACAAUCGGAAACUCAAGAAAACUCAUGUGGGUGUAUAUGCAUGACCUUAACAUAAAAAUUGAAGGGGAAAUAUUUGAUUUCGGCACAUAUUAUCUGGGAGGAAUUCCAAUUGCAAUCAGAGAAAGGUUUAACAUCUCCACGCCUGCUUUCCAAGGCUGCAUGAAGAAUCUGAAGAAAACCAGUGGUGUCGUCAGGUUGAAUGACACUGUGGGAGUCACCAAGAAGUGCUCCGAAGACUGGAAGCUCGUGCGAACUGCCUCGUUCUCCAGAGGAGGACAGAUGAGCUUUACCAACUUGGAUGUGCCCCUGCCUGACCGCUUCCAGCUCUCUUUUGGGUUUCAGACCUUUCAGCCCAGCGGUACAUUAUUGAGUCAUCAGACACGGACAAGUAGCCUGCAGGUCACCUUAGAAGACGGUCACAUUGCGUUGAGCACCAGGGACAGCAGCGACUCCAUCUUCAAGUCUUCACAGACCUACAGGGACGGCUUAUUGCAUCACGUGUCUGUAAUCAGCGACACCUCAGGCCUCCGACUCCUCAUUGAUGACCAGGUUCAGGGAAGGAACCGAAGGCUCCCUGGCUUCUCGAAUCUCCAGCAGUCCCUCCGUCUGGGUGGUGGUUAUUUUGAGGGUUGUAUCAGCAAUGUUUUUGUCCAAAGGUUGUCACAGAGUCCCCAAGUCCUGGAUUUGGCCAGUAAAUCUACCAAGAGGGAUGCCUCCUUGGGAGGCUGCAGUUUGAACAAGCCACCCUUUCUUCUGCUGUUCAGAGGCCCCAAGAGGUUUAACAAGGCCAGGACUUUCGAUGUCAAUCAGCUAUUGCAGGACGCACCUCAGGCCUCCCCAAGGAGCAUGGAGGCAUGGCAAGAUGGGAAGGCCUGCCUGCCCCCUCUGAAUACCCAGGCCAGCCACAGAGCCCUCCAGUUUGGGGACAGUCCUACCAGCCACUUGCUAUUCAAGCUUCCCCGGGAGCUGCUGAAACCCAGGUCACAGUUUUCUGUGGACAUACAGACAACCUCCUCCAAAGGGCUGGUGUUUUACACAGGCACCAAGAACUCCUUCAUGGCUCUUUAUCUCUCAGAAGGGCAUGUCAUCUUUGCUUUGGGAGCAGAAGGGAAGAGACUGAGGCUCAGGAGCAAGAAGAAAUACCAUGAUGGGAAGUGGCACACGGUGGCGUUUGGACAAAGUGGAGGGAAGGCGCGCUUGGCUGUGGAUGGGCUAAGGGCCCAGGAAGGCAGCUUGCCUGGAAAUUCUACCAUCAGCCCCAGAGCACAGGUUUACCUGGGAUUGUCACUAUCAAGGAAGUUGAAGAGCCUCCCCCAACACAGCUUUAUAGGGUGCCUGAGGAACUUCCGGUUGAACUCAAAACUCCUGGACUCCCCCUCAGCAAGGUUUGGGGUAUCUCCCUGCUCAGGUGGCUCUUUGGAGAAAGGCAUUUAUUUCUCCCAAGGAGGAGGCCAUGUGGCCCUGGCCAAUUCUGUGUCCCUGGGGCCAGAGUUUGAGCUCAUUUUCAGCAUCCGCCCGAGGAGUCUUACUGGGACCUUAAUACACAUUGGAAGUCAAUCUGGACCACACUUAAGUGUUUACAUGGAGACAGGAAAGGUCACAGCCUCUAUGAACAGUGAGACAGGUGGGACCUUGACAUCAAUCACACCAAAGCAGUCUCUGUGUGAUGGACAGUGGCACUCAGUGACAGUCUCUAUCAAACAGCACAUCCUGCACCUGGAACUGGACACAGACAGUAGCUACACUGCCGGACAGCUAUCCUUCCCAGCUAACAACACCCAAGGGUCACUACACGUUGGAGGCAUCGCAGACAAACUGAAAAUGCUUACACUCCCUGUGUGGAACUCAUUUUUUGGCUGUCUGAAGAAUAUUCAAGUAAACCACACCCCUGUCCCCAUCACUGAAGCUGCGGAAGUCCAGGGAUCCGUCAGUCUGAAUGGUUGCCCUGACCACUAACCCUACACAGAAAGAAAAUUCACCUUUGAAAGCACCAAGAACCCAGCGGAUCUCCCACCCCAUAAAAAGUCAAGACACCUUAGCACACGUUUAAAAACCAAUCUCAUUUUUAAUUUCAAGUACACAGACCCAUCGUUUUGCCAUUCAGCGCUACACUUGUAUUUUAUAUAAAAAGCCCAUUUCUUGAAGAAAAUGAACAAAUUGUUAUUCAAACAUGCACACAAUGCUUUUGUUAGUAUUAUUUUUUCCACUAAGAAUUAAAUGCCUUUUAGAGAACAUUUUUCCCAAUUGCUAAAAAGAAAAUUUUGUUUAGAGCACUUUAUGAAUAUAAAACUUUAAAAUGUUAAAUUGCUACAGUUCAUGGGAUUAAAUAAAUGCAAUGCACUCUUCAAAUGAUGUUUUACAAGCAAGGAAAACCAAGGGCUGAUGAUCACUGCUAAUUAUAUUAACUCCUCGGCACCUGCUCAAAGUGUUAUGUGCAACACAAUUUCCUACAGAUAAUUAUUGAGCACAUGCUAAGAGGUUGUCUGUGUGCUCAGUGUAUGAACUACACUGACGUUUAAUAAGUCAGUGUGUGAAUUCCACUGACGUUUAAUAAGUCAGUCCUGCCCUUAAGGAGCAUGCUCUUCAAUGGAGAGAUAUACAAUAUCAUACUAUAGGAACCAGCAUAUUGAACCAAUGAAACCAUUAAUGAGGCUCACUGGCUUCCCAAUCCUUGCCUUCCCCAAUCUGCUACCAAAUCUAAAUUUUGAUUAUUAAUUUGUUGAGAACACAAGCCAUCUGGUAGAGGUGCUAAGAAGAAUGUAUGCACUAUAACUGAAGCUUUGUGUAUCUUUGUGCAUGUAUGUGGAGGCCAGAGCUCAACACUUUCCUCAAUCACUUUCCUCCUUAUUUUUUGAGACAAGGUCUUUUGCUGAACCCAGAGCUCAACAUUUUGACUUGGCUUGAAUACCCAGCAAAUCUCUCCAGGAUCCUUCCAUCUCCCCCACAGUGCUAGGGUUACAGACAUGUGUCUAGCUUUUAGACAGCUGCUGGGAAUCCGAACUCAGAUCCUCAUGCGUAUCCACCAAGCUGUCUAGACCACUUGAUGACUGAAGCUUUUAUGGCAGGUCAUCAGGACCCAGCUAGGAGAAAUCCCUUUUAGAUUAUCUAUAAAAUAAUUUGUGACACAACAGACAAGCAUUAUUACCCACGUGUGCUAACAAAGACUAUGCAAGUAUUUUUGUGUCUUUGACUCUUUGAUAGGGGAAAAAAGGAAUAUUGCAUAUAAUAAGAAAAUGGGGUAUAAUAAGAAAACAGGGUAUAGUAAUCCUCUAUGGUGUCCUUAGAGCUCUGUGUUCUCUACUUCUGAACUUGAGUAGCUUGUUCUUCCAUGGUCUUUGCACCACAGUCCUCUGAGCAUGCUUUCCACCAGCUCCAGCUGUACACAUCUGGAGUGUUCUGCAGAGGCAGCCAAUUCCCUACCCCAGCAGGUGCUUCAUGAGAGCUGACUGGUAAUCUUUAGGGAUGCUGCUUGACUGCAAGUCAGGUGCUUCAAAAUACGUUGAUUUUAAGACUUAAAAACCCCCAGUGGUGGUCUUGGCAUCUUCUGGAAGUUCCUCCAUGCUUCCAGCCAUCAGCAGGUCUUCACAACAUGUAUGAUCUCUCUCAGUUCUCACUGUUACACAGACUGGAUCUGCAAAGUCAUGACUCAGUAGAACUUCAUACUUGUAAGUAAUAUGUAGAUUCAUAAUGGGACAGCUACUUUUUAAAUAUUUCCCUAGUUUUAUAUAUAUCUGUGUUUUUUCCUGUAUGUAUGUCUGUGCACCAUGUACUUACAGUGCCUCCUGAUGCCAGAAAAAUGUGUCAGGUCCCCUGGAACUGGAGUUAUAUUACAGAUGGCUGUGAGCUGCCAUGUGGGCACUGGGAAUCAAACCCAUGUCCUCUGGAAGAGCAACAAGUGCUCUUAAUCACUGAACCAUCUCUCCAGCCCUGACAGUUCUGUGUUGACUAAUCUCAGUGAUUCCUUUCUCCAUUCUGUAAUAACAACAUGGAGAAUGACCACCCAUCUGGGUUUGCUGAAUAAAUCCCAGCUGCCAAUAUUCAGCAGAGAGUCCCAGGUGAAUUCAGCCAUGGGAACGUCAGUGUGGCCACUCUCCAGUUAGAAAUGUAUGUUCCCUGAAAUGAAUGUUUCUGUGUCUUCAGUGAAGCCAUCAUGGGAGCUAUCUGUCAACUACAAAGCACAAAACAGGGACAUCAGGUCAACUCUGACUGUGUCAGCACAAGGCCACCACUGGUUCCUGCUAGGGUCCACCAAAGGUCCAUAUAUUUGGUCCUCCAGAUCAGGCACUGGGGGGUGCUGUGAACUUUUAGGAAGUGGAGUUGAGAGAUCCUUAGGUCAUUGGGAGAUAUGCUUAGAAAGGGAUACUGGGACUCUCCCCAUGCUCUCUCUACUUCCUGCCUCAAGAUGUGGCUGCCUGUUCCACCUGGUACAGCCUCCUGCUACUGCAAUGCCCAUGUCUCAAGACCCCCAAACAAGACCACCGCAGAACCGACAUUCGAUGCAAUUGCAAAGAGGUUUAUUAAUAACAAAGCAAGCCUGGGCUUGGUCCGUGUCCAACAUCUGACACAGCGAGUGGACAAGGAUGGCCCUGAGCUCUCAGAGUGAGGGGUUUUUAAAGGGGAAAACUGCAAACAAGCCUUUGCAUCAUAUGAUUGGGUGAGGGUGUGUAACUUUUGAAUUUACUGGUUGGGGGUUACAGUUAUCAUUUUUGGCAGGCCUGGACAAGUUCCAGGCUUUGUCCUUGAGCUGCCAUUCACAUUGACCCAUGCAUGUUCACACUGACCCAUGCGUGUAGCUCUAAGUUGGUGAGGGGUCCCAGAUAGUAAACAACUGGCUGAACCUUGAGCGGUCAGAGUACGUGCAGAAAGGGAGCUACUGCAAGGACUAUGUCUUUUGUUCCUGGCCCUCCCAGAAACUGUUUGCUCAAGUCUCAGGAAACUGAAAUUGGGGCCUGAUCUCUGAGAGAAGGCUGAGCAGCCUGUUAUGGCGUCUGCUUGGUCCUUUCACUACAAUGUGCUACCAUCUAUGACACUACCAAAGCUCAAUGAGGAACUUCAUGCCCUGGAACUCCAAAACUGUGAGCUAAAUUAACCUUUCUUUAUGAAGUUCGUUACCUCAUUAUUUUGUGGUAAUUCAAACUUGAUGAAACAGUCCCAUGUGAGGCUUGGAAACAGCUUAUCUUUGGAAGCAAAAACACCAGAUAUUUAGGGAGCAACCAUAUGCUUUCAUGAGCCUGCUCCUUUCAGGAAUUCUCAGGGUACCUGUUGACCUCACUCCUCAAUAUGUAAAGCCAUUAAGUUUUGCCAUGCUCUCUGUAGCUCCAUUUCAAAAGAAAACGGCACAGGACAGAACACAACAACUUUCCCUCCUAGACAGGAAGUGCCUCACCCAUGACAGGAAGUGGUCUCACCCACAGAGAACGCUGGCUAGCACCCUUCUCCACUGUUCCCACUUCCACCCCCAGUGUGCCAGGCUGGAAAACACCAAAACCCACCUUCUGCCCCAUCAACCACAACUUCCUCCAGUUCCCAAGUUCUUGGUCCUGGUUUGCUUUCCAUUGUUGUGAUGAAACACUGACCAAAACCACAUUGGGGGAGGAAGGGGUUUGGCUUAUACUUCCAUGUCACAGUCCGUCGUUGGGGGUGGUCCGGACAGGAACCACAACAGAGGAAUGCUGCUUAGUGGCUUGCUCCCUCUGGGUUGCUCAACUACCUUUCUUAUCCAACCCAGUUCUACCUGUUUAGGGGAUGGUACCGCCUACAGUGGGCUGGGCCCUCCUACAUCAAUUAAGAAAAUGUCCCACGGGUAUGGCCAUAGGCCAGUCUAAUCUGGGCAAUUCCUAAGUCACUCUGGGUUAUGUCAAGUUGACAGCUGAUUUCAGAGAGGGUAGAGUCACCUGAGAAGAUGAUUCCCUAGGAAUGAUGACUUCAAGCCAGCACAUGAAUGAAACAACAUUUAAAACUAUAUUCUUUUAGGGAAUGUAAGUGGUAUAUGUAUUCAUUAUGGAAAACUUAGGACUAUGUAUAAAAGCAUAAAAAGCCAUCCACAGGGGCCAGAGAGAUGGCUUAGAGGUUGAAAGAACAUACUGCUCUUGCAGACGACCCAGGUUUGGUUCCCAGCACCCAUCAGAUAGCUCACAGCUGCCUGUAACUCCUCCAGUGUCAAGUAUCUAACACUCUCUGCUGGUCUCCAUGAGCACUGCGCUCACACACACAAACCCAUAUUUGCACACACAUAUAUACAUAAUUAAAAAUAAAAUAUUUUAAAAUUACCUGUAAUCCCAGUAGCUCAGAAGUCUGUUUACAUUUAGUAAUGUGUCCGUUAGUCCUUUUAAAUCUUCAUGGAUUUCCUUAUGAAGUCAUGAGUAUACAAUACAUUUCUCUGUAACUUUAGAACGGUGCCAUUUCCAGGUCUGUAGUGUAACCAUAAUGUAAUCAUUACUUGAUUGGGAAUUUCAAUAUUUUUUGAAGUUGUAAGCAAUAUUAAGAUGUAGAUGUCUUGGGAUAUAUUUAUUCUCUUAAGAUAAUUUCUUAGCAGUGAAGUCAGUUGUCAAAGGCCAUGAAUUGCUGAUGGCAGAAGUUAGUUAUUGCCAAGUCGACUCCAGAAAGAGCUGUCUGUCUUCAGCAAGAUGCAUUGGGAAGUGGCCCUUGAAUAUGCCUCCCUUCCCAAGGCUGGCUGAUGGUCAGACUGAGAGUAGCCCUUUGAGCAAGCCCUUGGUGGUCCGCCAUGACCCAGGUCACCUUCCUGGAACACAAGGCCAGUGACGGAUGUUUGACUCAAAGGACAAUCGUCCCGAUGCUGUAGGAGAGUGAAGUGUUGCUGAGUCUCUGGAACUGGCUCAGAGCCACAGGACUGCAGAACAUGUCCUGUUCUGAGACCUCCAUGCCACUGCCAAGGUCAGGCCAUUUUUCCAAGUGGAGCAAGACACUUGCAAGAGGAUUUGAUAUUGUACUGUCCUCUCUCCCAGCGGCCUGGGCCUCACUGGCAGAUCUAGCCAUCUCCUCCUCUGUGGAAGUUUGUGUUCAUUGUGACUAAAAUUCUCAUAGCAGUUCUUUCAGGAAAAUUCCAGGAUUCUCUCUCUCUCUCUCUCUCUCUCUCUCUCUCUCUCUCCCUUUCUCUCUCUCUCUCUCUCUCUCUCUCUCUCUCUCUCUCUCUCUCUCUCUCUCUCUCUCUCUCUUUCUUUGUGUCUGUGUGUGUAUGUGGUGUGUGUGUGUGUGUGUGUGUGUGUGUGUGUGUGUGUGUGUGUACCAGGGCACACAAGUGAGCAUCAGAGAACAGGUUGCAGGAGUUGGUUCUCUCCUUCCUGUGUGCUUCCCAGGUAUUGAACUCAGGUCGUCAUACUUGGCAGCAAGCAUCUUCCCUGCUGAGCCAUCUUGUCAGCCCAAAUUCUAAUAUUGUAACUGGCAAAAACCCAAGGCCACAUCCCUCCAACUGACUUGGUCCCUAACAGAGAAACCCAAAGCACAAACUCCUGUAAAAAAUUUUAAACUGAUACGUAACUGUACAUCCUUAGGGAUACAGUGUGGUAACUCAGUAUACACGUGCGAUGUGCAAGGCUCAGCCCCGAGUGAUUAGUGUUUCCACCCCUACUCACCGUUUCUUUAAUGGCCUCUCCAAGCUCCUCUUCUAGGUCAUCACAACAUACAGAAUAAAUGGCUGUGAAAUAGUGUCACCCGGAUGUGCUGCAGAACACAAGGACUUACCCCCUAACCAGCUGUAGGUUGGUGUCAUGAGCCUCCUCC